AUGGAUACAUCGGCGCGGAUCAGCAUGAAGCUGAUGCUUCACCCCGCCCCAUUCUCCCUCCUUCCAUCACCCCGCCCCAUUCUCCCGCUUUCCAUCACCCCGCCCCAUUCUCCCGCUUUCCAUCACCCCGCCUCAUUCUCCCGCUUUCCAUCACCCCGACCCAUUCUCCCGCUUUCCAUCACCCCGCCCCAUUCUCUCGCUUUCCAUCACCCUGCCCCGUUCUCCCGCUUUCCAUCACCCUGCCCCGUUCUCCCGCUUUCCAUCACCCUGCCCCAUUCUCCCGCUUUCCAUCACCUUGCCCCAUUCUCCCGCUUUCCAUCACCCCGCCCCAUUCUCCCUCCUUCCAUCACCCCGCCCCAUUCUCCCGCUUUCCAUCACCCCACCCCGUUCUCCCUCCUUCCAUCAACCCGCCCCAUUCUCCCUCCUUCCAUCACCCCGCCCCAUUCUCCCGCUUUCCAUCACCCCGCCCUAUUCUCCCGCUUUCCAUCACCCCGCCCCAUUCUCCCGCUUUCCAUCACCCUGCCCCGUUCUCCCGCUUUCCAUCACCCUGCCCCAUUCUCCCGCUUUCCAUCACCCCGCCCCAUUCUCCCUCCUUCCAUCACCCCGCCCCAUUCUCCCGCUUUCCAUCACCCCGCCCCAUUCUCCCGCCUUCCAUCACCCCGCUCCAUUCUCCCGCUUUCCAUCACCCCGCCCCAUUCUCCGCUUUCCAUCACCCCGCCCCAUUCUCCCGCUUUCCAUCACCCCGCCCCAUUCUCCCGCUUUCCAUCACCCCGCCCCAUUCUCCCGCCUUCCAUCACCCCGCCCCAUUCUCCCGCUUUCCAUCACCGCCCCAUUCUCCCUCCUUCCAUCACCCCUCCCCAUUCUCCCUCCUUCCAUCACCCCGCCCCAUUCUCCCGCUUUCCAUCACCCCGCCCCAUUCUCCCUCCUUCCAUCACCCCGCCCCAUUCUCCCGCUUUCCAUCACCCCACCCCAUUCUCCCUCCUUCCAUCACCCCGCCCCAUUCUCUCUCCUUCCAUCACCCGCCCCAUUCUCCCGCUUUCCAUCACCCCGCCCCAUUCUCCCGCUUUCCAUCAUCCCGCCCCAUUCUCCCGCUUUCCAUCACCCCGCCCCAUUCUCUCGCUUUCCAUCACCCUGCCCCAUUCUCCCGCUUUCCAUCACCCUGCCCAGUUCUCCUGCUUUCCAUCACCCCGACCCAUUCUCCCGCUUUCCAUCACCCCGCCCCAUUCUCUCGCUUUCCAUCACCCUGCCCCAUUCUCCCGCUUUCCAUCACCUUGCCCCAUUCUCCCGCUUUCCAUCACCCCGCCCCAUUCUCCCUCCUUCCAUCACCCCGCCCCAUUCUCCCGCUUUCCAUCACCCCGCCCCAUUCUCCCGCUUUCCAUCACCCCGCCCCAUUCUCCCGCUUUCCAUCACCCCGCCCCAUUCUCCCGCUUUCCAUCACCCCGCCCCAUUCUCCCGCUUUCCAUCUCCCCGCCCCAUUCUCCCGCUUUCCAUCACCCCGCCCCAUUCUCCCGCUUUCAAUCACCCCGCCCCAUUCUCCCUCCUUCCAUAACACCGCCCCAUUCUCCCGAUUUCCAUCACCCCGCCCCAUUCUCCCGCUUUCUAUCACCCGCCCCAUUCUCCCGCUUUCCAUCACCCCGCCCCAUUCUCCCGCUUUCCAUCACCCCGCCCCAUUCUCCCGCUUUCCAUCACCCCGCCCCAUUCUCUCGCUUUCCAUCACCCUGCCCCAUUCUCCCGCUUUCCAUCACCCUGCCCAGUUCUCCUGCUUUCCAUCACCCUGCCCCAUUCUCCGCUUUCUAUCACCCCGCCGCAUUCUCCCGCUUUCCAUCACCCCGCCCCAUUCUCCCUCCUUCCAUCACCCCGCCCCAUUCUCCCGCUUUCCAUCACCCCACACCAUUCUCCCUCCUUCCAUCACCCCGCCCCAUUCUCCCUCCUUCCAUCACCCCGCCCCAUUCUCCCGCUUUCCAUCACCCCGCCCCAUUCUCCCGCUUUCCAUCACCCCGCCCUAUUCUCUCGCUUUCCAUCACCCCGCCCCAUUCUCCCGCUUUCCAUCACCUUGCCCCGUUCUCCCGCUUUCCACCACCCUGCCCCAUUCUCCCGCUUUCCAUCACCCCGCCCCAUUCUCCCGCUUUCCAUCACCCCGCCCCAUUCUCCUGCUUUCCAUCACCCCGCCCCAUUCUCCCUCCUUCCAUCACCCCGCCCCAUUCUCCUUCCUUCCAUCACCCCGCCCCAUUCUCCCGCUUUCCAUCACCACGCCCCAUUCUCCCGCUUUCCAUCACCCCGCCCCAUUCUCUCGCUUUCCAUCACCCCUCCUCAUUCUCCCGCUUUCCAUCACCCCGCCCCAUUCUCCCGCUUUCCAUCACCCCGCCCCAUUCUCUCGCUUUCCGUCACCCCGCCCCAUUCUCCCGCUUUCCAUCACCCUGCCCCAUUCUCCCGCUUUCCAUCACCCUGCCCCAUUCUCCCGCUUGCCAUCACCCCGCCCCAUUCUCCCGCUUUCCAUCACCCCGCCCCAUUCUCCCGCUUUCCAUCACCCCGUCCCCUUCUCCCGCAUUCCAUCACCCCGCCCCAUUCUUCCGCUUUCCAUCACCCCGCCCCCUUCUCCCGCUUUCCAUCACCCCGCCCCAUUCUCCCGCUUUCCAUCACCCCGCCCAACUCUCCCGCUUUCCAUCACUACGCCCCAUUCUCCCGCUUUCCAUCACCCCGCCCCAUUCUCCCGCCUUCCAUCACCCCGCCCCAUUCUCCCGCUUUCCAUCACCGCCCCAUUCUCCCUCCUUCCAUCACCCCGCCCCAUUCUCCCUCCUUCCAUCACCCCGCCCCAUUCUCCCGCUUUCCAUCACCCUGCCCCAUUCUCCCGCUUGCCAUCACCCCGCCCCAUUCUCCCGCUUUCCAUCACCCCGCCCCAUUCUCCCGCUUUCCAUCACCCCGUCCCCUUCUCCCGCAUUCCAUCACCCCGCCCCAUUCUUCCGCUUUCCAUCACCCCGCCCCCUUCUCCCGCUUUCCAUCACCCCGCCCAUUCUCCCGCUUUCCAUCACCCCGCCCAACUCUCCAGCUUUCCAUCACCCCGCCCCAUUCUCCCGCUUUCCAUCACCCCGCUCCAUUCUCCCGCCUUCCAUCACCCCGCCCCAUUCUCCCGCUUUCCAUCACCGCCCCAUUCUCCCUCCUUCCAUCACCCCGCCCCAUUCUCCCUCCUUCCAUCACCCCGCCCCAUUCUCCCGCUUUCCAUCACCCCGCCCCAUUCUCCCUCCUUCCAUCACCCCGCCCCAUUCUCCCGCUUUCCACCACCCCACCCCAUUCUCCCUCCUUCCAUCACCCCGCCCCAUUCUCUCUCCUUCCAUCACCCCGCCCCAUUCUCCCGCUUUCCAUCACCCCGCCCCAUUCUCCUGCUUUCCAUCAUCCCGCCCCAUUCUCCCGCUUUCCAUCACCCCGCCCCAUUCUCCCGCUUUCCAUCACCCCGCCCCAUUCUCCCGCUUUCCAUCACCCCGCCCCAUUCUCUCGCUUUCCAUCACCCUACCCCAUUCUCCCCGCUUUCCAUCACCCUGCCCAGUUCUCCUGCUUUCCAUCACCCUGCCCCAUUCUCCCGCUUUCCAUCACCCCGCCGCAUUCUCCCGCUUUCCAUCACCCCGCCCCAUUCUCCCUCCUUCCAUCACCCCGCCCCAUUCUCCCGCUUUCCAUCACCCCACCCCAUUCUCCCUCCUUCCAUCACCCCGCCCCAUUCUCCCUCCUUCCAUCACCCCGCACCAUUCUCCCGCUUUCCAUCACCCCGCCCCAUUCUCCCGCUUUCCAUCACCCCGCCCCAUUCUCCCACUUUCCAUCACCCCGCCCCAUUCUCUCGCUUUCCAUCACCCUGCCCCAUUCUCCCGCUUUCCAUCACCCUGCCCAGUUCUCCUGCUUUCCAUCACCCUGCCCCAUUCUCCCGCUUUCUAUCACCCCGCCGCAUUCUCCCGCUUUCCAUCACCCCGCCCCAUUCUCCCUCCUUCCAUCACCCCGCCCCAUUCUCCCGCUUUCCAUCACCCCACCCCAUUCUCCCUCCUUCCAUCACCCCGCCCCAUUCUCCCUCCUUCCAUCACCCCGCCCCAUUCUCCCGCUUUCCAUCACCCCGCCCCAUUCUCCCGCUUUCCAUCACCCCGCCCUAUUCUCUCGCUUUCCAUCACCCCGCCCCAUUCUCCCGCUUUCCAUCACCGCCCCAUUCUCCCUCCUUCCAUCACCCCGCCCCAUUCUCCCGCUUUCCAUCACCCCGCCCCAUUCUCCCGCUUUCCAUCACCCCGCCCCAUUCUCCCGCUUUCCAUCACCCCGCCCCAUUCUCUCGCUUUCCAUCACCCUGCCCCAUUCUCCCGCUUUCCAUCACCCUGCCCAGUUCUCCUGCUUUCCAUCACCCUGCCCCAUUCUCCCGCUUUCUAUCACCCCGCCGCAUUCUCCCGCUUUCCAUCACCCCGCCCCAUUCUCCCUCCUUCCAUCACCCCGCCCCAUUCUCCCGCUUUCCAUCACCCCACCCCAUUUUCCCUCCUUCCAUCACCCCGCCCCAUUCUCCCUCCUUCCAUCACCCCGCCCCAUUCUCCCGCUUUCCAUCACCCUGCCCCAUUCUCCCGCUUUCCAUCACCCCGCCCCAUUCUCCCGCUUUCCAUCACCCCGCCCCAUUCUCUCGCUUUCCAUCACCCUGCCCCAUUCUCCCGCUUUCCAUCACCCUGCCCCAUUCUCCCGCUUUCUAUCACCCCGCCGCAUUCUCCCGCUUUCCAUCACCCCGCCCCAUUCUCCCUACUUCCAUCACCCCGCCCCAUUCUCCCGCUUUCCAUCACCCCACCCCAUUCUCCCUCCUUCCAUCACCCCGCCCCAUUCUCCCCUCCUUCCAUCACCCCGCCCUAUUCUCUCGCUUUCCAUCACCCCGCCCCAUUCUCCCGCUUUCCACCACCCUGCCCCAUUCUCCCGCUUUCCAUCACCCCGCCCCAUUCUCCUGCUUUCCAUCAUCCCGCCCCAUUCUCCCUCCUUCCAUCACCCCGCCCCAUUCUCCUUCCUUCCAUCACCCCGCCCCAUUCUCCCGCUUUCCAUCACCCCGCCCCAUUCUCCCGCUUUCCAUCACCCCGCCCCAUUCUCCCGCUUUCCAUCACCCCUCCUCAUUCUCCCGCUUUCCAUCACCCCGCCCCAUUCUCCCACUUUCCAUCACCCCGCCCCAUUCUCUCGCUUUCCGUCACCCCGCCCCAUUCUCCCGCUUUCCAUCACCCUGCCCCGUUCUCCCGCUUUCCAUCACCCUGCCCCAUUCUCCCGCUUGCCAUCACCCCGCCCCAUUCUCCCGCCUUCCAUCACCCCGCCCCAUUCUCCCGCUUUCCAUCACCCCGUCCCCUUCUCCCGCAUUCCAUCACCCCGCCCCAUUCUUCCGCUUUCCAUCACCCCACCCCCUUCUCCCGCUUUCCAUCACCCCGCCCCAUUCUCCCGCUUUCCAUCACCCCGCCCCACUCUCCCGCUUUCCAUCACCCCGCCCCAUUCUCCCGCUUUCCAUCACCCCGCCCCAUUCUCCCUCCUUCCAUCAUCCCGCCCCAUUCUCCCGUCUUCCAUCACUCCGCCCCAUUCUCCCGCCUUCCAUCACCCCGCUCCAUUCUCCCGCUUUCCAUCACCCCGCCCCAUUCUCCCGCUUUCCAUCACCCCGCCCCAUUCUCCCUCCUUCCAUCACCCCGCCCCAUUCUCCCUUUCCAUCACCCAACCCCAUUCUCCCGCUUUCCAUCACCCCGCCCCAUUCUCCUGCUUUCCAUCACCCCGCCCCAUUCUCCCUCCUUCUAUCACCCCGACCCUUUCUUCCUCCUUCCAUCACCUCGCCCCAUUCUCUCGCUUUCCAUCACCCCGCCCCAUUCACCCGCUUUCCAUCACCCCGCCCCAUUCUCCCGCUUUUCAUCACCCCGCCCCAUUCUCUCGCUUUCCAUCACCCCGCCCUAUUCUCCCGCUUUCCAUCACCCCGCACCAUUCUCCCUCCAUCCAUCACCCCGCCCCAUUCUCCCGCUUUCCAUCACCCAACCCCAUUCUCCCGCUUUCCAUCACUCCGCCCCAUUCUCCUGCUUUCCAUCACCCCGCCCCAUUCUCCCUCCUUCUAUCACCCCGACCCAUUCUUCCUCCUUCCAUCACCUCGCCCCAUUCUCCCGCUUUCCAUCACCCCGCCCCAUUCUCCCGCUUUCCAUCACCCCGCCCCAUUCUCCCGCUUUCCAUCACCCCGCCCCAUUCUCCCGCUUUCCAUCACCCGCCCCCAUUCUCCCGCUUUCCAUCACCUUGCCCCAUUCUCCCGCUUUCCAUCACCCCGCCCCAUUCUCCCUCCUUCCAUCACCCCGCCCCAUUCUCCCGCCUUCCAUCACUCCGCCCCAUUCUCCCGCCUUCCAUCACCCCGCCCCAUUCUUCCGCUUUCCAUCACCCGCCCCAUUCUCCCGCUUUCCAUCACCCUGCCCCAUUCUCCCGCUUUCCAUCACCCCGCCCCAUUCUCCCACCUUCCAUCAUCCCGCCCCAUUCUCCCGCCUUCCAUCACUCCGCCCCAUUCUCCAGCCUUCCAUCACCCCGCCCCAUUCUCCCGCUUUCCAUCACCCCGCCCCAUUCUCCCGCUUUCCAUCACCGCCCCAUUCUCCCUCCUUCCAUCACCCCGCCCCAUUCUCCCUCCUUCCAUCACCCCAACCCAUUCUCCCGCUUUCCAUCACCCCGCCCCAUUCUCCCGAUUUCCAUCACCCCGUCCCAUUCUCCCGCUUUCCAUCACCCCGCCCCAUUCUACCGCUUUCCAUCACCCCGCCCCAUUCUCCCGCUUUCCAUCACCCCGCCCCAUUCUCCCGCUUUCCAUCACCCCCGCCCCAUUCUCCCUCCUUCCAUCACCCCGCCCCAUUCUCCCUCCUUCCAUCACCCCACCCCAUUCUCCCGCUUUCCAUCACCCCGCCCAAUUCUCCCGAUUUCCAUCACCCUGCCCCAUUCUCCCGCUUUCCAUCACCCCGCCUCAGUCUCCCGCUUUCCAUCCCCCCGCCCCAUUCUCCCGCUUUCCAUCACCCCACCCCAUUCUCCCUCCUUCCAUCACCCCGCCCCAUUCUCCCUCCUUCCAUCACCCCGCCCCAUUCUCCCGCUUUCCAUCACCCCGCCCCAUUCUCCCGCUUUCCAUCACCCCGCCCUAUUCUCUCGCUUUCCAUCACCCCGCCCCAUUCUCCCGCUUUCCAUCACCUUGCCCCGUUCUCCCGCUUUCCACCACCCUGCCCCAUUCUCCCGCUUUCCAUCACCCCGCCCCAUUCUCCUGCUUUCCAUCACCCCGCCCCAUUCUCCCUCCUUCCAUCACCCCGCCCCAUUCUCCUUCCUUCCAUCACCCCGCCCCAUUCUCCCGCUUUCCAUCACCACGCCCCAUUCUCCCGCUUUCCAUCACCCCGCCCCAUUCUCUCGCUUUCCAUCACCCCUCCUCAUUCUCCCGCUUUCCAUCACCCCGCCCCAUUCUCCCGCUUUCCAUCACCCCGCCCCAUUCUCUCGCUUUCCUUCUCCUGCUUUCCAUCACCCUGCCCCAUUCUCCCGCUUUCCAUCACCCCGCCGCAUUCUCCCGCUUUCCAUCACCCCGCCCCAUUCUCCCUCCUUCCAUCACCCCGCCCCAUUCUCCCGCUUUCCAUCACCCCACCCCAUUCUCCCUCCUUCCAUCACCCCGCCCCAUUCUCCCUCCUUCCAUCACCCCGCACCAUUCUCCCGCUUUCCAUCACCCCGCCCCAUUCUCCCGCUUUCCAUCACCCCGCCCCAUUCUCCCACUUUCCAUCACCCCGCCCCAUUCUCUCGCUUUCCAUCACCCUGCCCCAUUCUCCCGCUUUCCAUCACCCUGCCCAGUUCUCCUGCUUUCCAUCACCCUGCCCCAUUCUCCCGCUUUCUAUCACCCCGCCGCAUUCUCCCGCUUUCCAUCACCCCGCCCCAUUCUCCCUCCUUCCAUCACCCCGCCCCAUUCUCCCGCUUUCCAUCACCCCACCCCAUUCUCCCUCCUUCCAUCACCCCGCCCCAUUCUCCCUCCUUCCAUCACCCCGCCCCAUUCUCCCGCUUUCCAUCACCCCGCCCCAUUCUCCCGCUUUCCAUCACCCCGCCCUAUUCUCUCGCUUUCCAUCACCCCGCGCCAUUCUCCCGCUUUCCAUCACCGCCCCAUUCUCCCUCCUUCCAUCACCCCGCCCCAUUCUCCCGCUUUCCAUCACCCCGCCCCAUUCUCCCGCUUUCCAUCACCCCGCCCCAUUCUCCCGCUUUCCAUCACCCCGCCCCAUUCUCUCGCUUUCCAUCACCCUGCCCCAUUCUCCCGCUUUCCAUCACCCUGCCCAGUUCUCCUGCUUUCCAUCACCCUGCCCCAUUCUCCCGCUUUCUAUCACCCCGCCGCAUUCUCCCGCUUUCCAUCACCCCGCCCCAUUCUCCCUCCUUCCAUCACCCCGCCCCAUUCUCCCGCUUUCCAUCACCCCACCCCAUUUUCCCUCCUUCCAUCACCCCGCCCCAUUCUCCCUCCUUCCAUCACCCCGCCCCAUUCUCCCGCUUUCCAUCACCCCGCCCCAUUCUCCCGCUUUCCAUCACCCCGCCCCAUUCUCCCGCUUUCCAUCACCCCGCCCCAUUCUCUCGCUUUCCAUCACCCUGCCCCAUUCUCCCGCUUUCCAUCACCCUGCCCCAUUCUCCCGCUUUCUAUCACCCCGCCGCAUUCUCCCGCUUUCUAUCACCCCGCCCCAUUCUCCCUACUUCCAUCACCCCGCCCCAUUCUCCCGCUUUCCAUCACCCCACCCCAUUCUCCCUCCUUCCAUCACCCCGCCCCAUUCUCCCUCCUUCCAUCACCCCGCCCUAUUCUCUCGCUUUCCAUCACCCCCGCCCCAUUCUCCCGCUUUCCACCACCCUGCCCCAUUCUCCCGCUUUCCAUCACCCCGCCCCAUUCUCCUGCUUUCCAUCAUCCCGCCCCAUUCUCCCUCCUUCCAUCACCCCGCCCCAUUCUCCUUCCUUCCAUCACCCCGCCCCAUUCUCCCGCUUUCCAUCACCCCGCCCCAUUCUCCCGCUUUCCAUCACCCCGCCCCAUUCUCCCGAUUUCCAUCACCCCUCCUCAUUCUCCCGCUUUCCAUCACCCCGCCCCAUUCUCCCGCUUUCCAUCACCCCGCCCCAUUCUCUCGCUUUCCGUCACCCCGCCCCAUUCUCCCGCUUUCCAUCACCCUGCCCCGUUCUCCCGCUUUCCAUCACCCUGCCCCAUUCUCCCGCUUGCCAUCACCCCGCCCCAUUCUCCCGCCUUCCAUCACCCCGCCCCAUUCUCCCGCUUUCCAUCACCCCCUCCCCUUCUCCCGCAUUCCAUCACCCCGCCCCAUUCUUCCGCUUUCCAUCACCCCACCCCCUUCUCCCGCUUUCCAUCACCCCGCCCCAUUCUCCCGCUUUCCAUCACCCCGCCCCACUCUCCCGCUUUCCAUCACCCCGCCCCAUUCUCCCGCUUUCCAUCACCCCGCCCCAUUCUCCCUCCUUCCAUCAUCCCGCCCCAUUCUCCCGUCUUCCAUCACUCCGCCCCAUUCUCCCGCCUUCCAUCACCCCGCUCCAUUCUCCCGCUUUCCAUCACCCCGCCCCAUUCUCCCGCUUUCCAUCACCCCGCCCCAUUCUCCCUCCUUCCAUCACCCCGCCCCAUUCUCCCUUUCCAUCACCCAACCCCAUUCUCCCGCUUUCCAUCACCCCGCCCCAUUCUCCUGCUUUCCAUCACCCCGCCCCAUUCUCCCUCCUUCUAUCACCCCGACCCUUUCUUCCUCCUUCCAUCACCUCGCCCCAUUCUCUCGCUUUCCAUCACCCCGCCCCAUUCACCCGCUUUCCAUCACCCCGCCCCAUUCUCCCGCUUUUCAUCACCCCGCCCCAUUCUCUCGCUUUCCAUCACCCCGCCCUAUUCUCCCGCUUUCCAUCACCCCGCACCAUUCUCCCUCCAUCCAUCACCCCGCCCCAUUCUCCCGCUUUCCAUCACCCAACCCCAUUCUCCCGCUUUCCAUCACUCCGCCCCAUUCUCCUGCUUUCCAUCACCCCGCCCCAUUCUCCCUCCUUCUAUCACCCCGACCCAUUCUUCCUCCUUCCAUCACCUCGCCCCAUUCUCCCGCUUUCCAUCACCCCGCCCCAUUCUCCCGUUUUCCAUCACCCCGCCCCAUUCUCCCGCUUUCCAUCACCCCGCCCCAUUCUCCCGCUUUCCAUCACCCGCCCCAUUCUCCCGCUUUCCAUCACCCUGCCCCAUUCUCCCGCUUUCCAUCACCCCGCCCCAUUCUCCCUCCUUCCAUCAUCCCGCCCCAUUCUCCCGCCUUCCAUCACUCCGCCCCAUUCUCCCGCCUUCCAUCACCCCGCCCCAUUCUCCCGCUUUCCAUCACCCGCCCCAUUCUCCCGCUUUCCAUCACCCUGCCCCAUUCUCCCGCUUUCCAUCACCCCGCCCCAUUCUCCCACCUUCCAUCAUCCCGCCCCAUUCUCCCGCCUUCCAUCACUCCGCCCCAUUCUCCCGCCUUCCAUCACCCUGCCCCAUUCUCCCGCUUUCCAUCACCCCGCCCCAUUCUCCCGCUUUCCAUCACCGCCCCAUUCUCCCUCCUUCCAUCACCCCGCCCCAUUCUCCCUCCUUCCAUCACCCCAACCCAUUCUCCCGCUUUCCAUCACCCCGCCCCAUUCUCUCGAUUUCCAUCACCCCGUCCCAUUCUCCCGCUUUCCAUCACCCCGCCCCAUUCUACCGCUUUCCAUCACCCCGCCCCAUUCUCCCGCUUUCCAUCACCCCGCCCCAUUCUCCCGCUUUCCAUCACCCCCGCCCCAUUCUCCCUCCUUCCAUCACCCCGCCCCAUUCUCCCUCCUUCCAUCACCCCACCCCAUUCUCCCGCUUUCCAUCACCCCGCCCAAUUCUCCCGAUUUCCAUCACCCUGCCCCAUUCUCCCGCUUUCCAUCACCCUGCCUCAGUCUCCCGCUUUCCAUCCCCCCGCCCCAUUCUCCCGCUUUCCAUCACCCCGCCCCAUUCUCCCGCUUUCCAUCACCCCGCCCCAUUCUUCCGCUUUCCAUCACCUCGCCCCAUUCUCCCGCUUUCCAUCACCCCGCCCCAUUCUCCCGCUUUUCAACACCCCGCCCCAUUCUUCUGCUUUCCAUCACCCCGCCCCAUUCUCCCUCCUUCCAUCACCCCGCCCCAUUCUCCCUCCUUCCAUCACCCCGCCCCAUUCUCCCUCCUUCCAUCACCUCGCCCCAUUCUCCCGCUUUCCAUCACCCCGCCCCAUUCUCCCGCUUUCCACACCCCGCCCCAUUCUCCCGCUUUCCAUCACCCCGCCCCAUUCUCCCGCUUUCCAUCACCCCGCCCUAUUCUCCCGCUUUCCAUCACCCCGCCCCAUUCUUCCUCCUUCCAUCAUCCUGCCCCAUUCUCCCUCCUUCCAUCACCCCGCCCCAUUCUUCUGCUUUCCAUCACCCCGCCCCAUUCUCCCGCUUUCCCUCCCCCCGCCCCAUUCUCCCGCUUUCCAUCACCCCUCCCCAUUCUCCCGCUUUCCAUCACCCCGCCCCAUUCUCCCUCCUUCCAUCACCCUGCCCCAUUCUCCCUCCUUCCAUCACCCCGUCCCAUUCUCCCGCUUUCCAUCACCCCGCCCCAUUCUCCCGCUUUCCAUCACCCCGCCCCAUUCUCCCGCUUUCCAUCACCCCGCCCCAUUCUCCUUCUUUCCAUCACCCUGCCCCAUUCUCCCGCUUUCCAUCACCCCGCCCCAUUCUCCCGCAUUCCAUCACCCCGCCCCAUUCUCCCUCCUUCCAUCACCCCGCCCCAUUCUCCCUCCUUCCAUGACGCCGCCCCAUUCUCCCGUAUUCCAUCACCCCGCCCCAUUCUCCCGCUUUUCAUCUCCCCGCCCCAUUCUCCCGCUUUCCAUCACCCCGCCCCAUUCUCCCUCCUUCCAUCACCCCGCCCCAUUCUUCCUCCUUCCAUCACCCCGUCCCAUUCUCCCGCUUUCCAUCACCCCGCCCCAUUCUCCCUCCUUCCAUCACCCUGCCCCAUUCUCCCGCUUUCCAUCACCUCGCCCCAUUCUCCCGCUUUCCAUCACCCCCCCCCAUUCUCCCGCUUUCCAUCACCCCGCCCCAUUCUCCCGCUUUCCAUCACCCCGCCCCAUUGUCCCUCUUUCCAUCACCCCGCCCCAUUCUCCCUCUUUCCAUCACCCCGCCCCAUUCUCCCGCUUUCCAUCACCCCGCCUCAUUCUCCCGCUUUCCAUCACCCCGCCCCAUUCUCCCUCCUUCCAUCACCCCGCCCCAUUCUCCCGCUUUCCAUCACCCCGUCCCAUUCUCCCUCUUUCCAUCACCCCGCCCCAUUCUCCCGCUUUCCAUCACCCCACCCCAUUCUCUUGCUUUCCGUCACCGCGACCCAUUCUCCCGCUUUCCAUCACCCCGCCCCAUUCUCCCGCUUUCCAUCACCCCUCCCUAUUCUCCCGCUUUCCAUCACCCCGCCCCAUUCUCCCUCCUUCCAUCACCCCGCCCCAUUCUCCCUCCUUCCAUCACCCCGCCCCAUUCUCCCGCUUUCCAUCACCCCGCCCCAUUCUCCCGCUUUCCAUCACCCCGCCCGAUUCUCCCGCUUUCCAUCACCCCGCCCCAUUCUCCCGCUUUCCAUCACCCCGCCCCAUUCUCCCGCUUCCCAUCACCCCGCCCCAUUCUCCCGCUUUCCAUCACCCCGCCCCAUUCUCCCUCCUUCCAUCACCCUGCCCCAUUCUCCCGCUUUCCAUCACCUCGCCCGAUUCUCCCGCUUUCCAUCACCCCGCCCCAUUCUCCCGCUUUCCAUCACCCCGCCCCAUUCUCCCGCUUCCCAUCACCCCGCCCCAUUCUCCCGCUUUCCAUCACCCCGCCCCAUUCUCCCUCCUUCCAUCACCCCGCCCCAUUCUCCCGCUUUCCAUCACCCCGCCCCAUUCUCCCGCUUCCCAUCACCCCGCCCCAUUCUCCCGCUUUCCAUCACCCCGCCCCAUUCUCCCUCCUUCCAUCACCCCGCCCCAUUCUCCCGCUUUCCAUCACCCCGUCCCAUUCUCCCUCUUUCCAUCACCCCGCCCCCAUUCUCCCGCUUUCCAUCACCCCACCCCAUUCUCCCGCUUUCCAUCACCCCGCCCCAUUCUCCCGCUUUCCAUCACCCCGCCCCAUUCUCCCGCUUUCCAUCACCCCGCCCCAUUCUCCCGCUUUCCAUCACCCCGCCCCAUUCUCCCGCUUUCCAUCACCCCGCCCCAUUCUCCCGCUUUCCAUCACCUCGCCCCAUUCUCCCGCUUUCUAUCAUCCCGCCCCAUUCUCCCGCUUUCCAUCACCCCGCCCCAUUCUUCUGCUUUCCAUCAACCCGCCCCAUUCUCUCUCCUUCCAUCACCACGCCCCAUUCUCCCGCUUUCCAUCCCCCCGCCCCAUUCUCCCGCAUUCCAUCACCCCGCCCCAAUCUCCCGCUUUCCAUCACCCCGCCCCAUUCUCCCGCUUUCCAUCACCUCGCCCAUUCUCCCGCUUUCUAUCAUCCCGCCCCAUUCUCCCGCUUUCCAUCACCCCGCCCCAUUCUUCUGCUUUCCAUCACCCCGCCCCAUUCUCCCUCCUUCCAUCACCCCGCCCCAUUCUCCCUCCUUCCAUCACCUCGCCCCAUUCUCCCGCUUUCCAUCACCCCGCCCCAUUCUCCCGCUUUCCAUCACCCCGCCCCAUUCUCCCGCUUUCCAUCACCCGCCCCAUUCUCCCGCUUUCCAUCACCCUGCCCCAUUCUCCCACUUUCCAUCACCCCGCCCCAUUCUCCCUCCUUCCAUCAUCCCGCCCCAUUCUCCCGCCUUCCAUCACUCCGCCCCAUUCUCCCGCCUUCCAUCACCCCGCCCCAUUCUCCCGCUUUCCAUCACCCGCCCCAUUCUCCCGCUUUCCAUCACCCUGCCCCAUUCUCCCGCUUUCCAUCACCCCGCCCCAUUCUCCCACCUUCCAUCAUCCCGCCCCAUUCUCCCGCCUUCCAUCACUCCGCCCCAUUCUCCCGCCUUCCAUCACCCCGCCCCAUUCUCCCGCUUUCCAUCACCCCGCCCCAUUCUCCCGCUUUCCAUCACCGCCCCAUUCUCCCUCCUUCCAUCACCCCGCCCCAUUCUCCCUCCUUCCAUCACCCCACCCCAUUCUCCCGCUUUCCAUCACCCCGCCCCAUUCUCCCGAUUUCCAUCACCCCGUCCCAUUCUCCCGCUUUCCAUCACCCCGCCCCAUUCUACCGCUUUCCAUCACCCCCGCCCCAUUCUCCCGCUUUCCAUCACCCCGCCCCAUUCUCCCGCUUUCCAUCACCCCCGCCCCAUUCUCCCUCCUUCCAUCACCCCGCCCCAUUCUCCCUCCUUCCAUCACCCCACCCCAUUCUCCCGCUUUCCAUCACCCCGCCUCAGUCUCCCGCUUUCCAUCCCCCCGCCCCAUUCUCCCGCUUUCCAUCACCCCGCCCCAUUCUCCCGCUUUCCAUCACCCCGCCCCAUUCUUCCGCUUUCCAUCACCUCGCCCCAUUCUCCCGCUUUCCAUCACCCCGCCCCAUUCUCCCGCUUUUCAACACCCCGCCCCAUUCUUCUGCUUUCCAUCACCCCGCCCCAUUCUCCCUCCUUCCAUCACCCCGCCCUAUUCUCCCUCCUUCCAUCACUCCGCCCCAUUCUCCCGCUUUCCAUCACCCCGCCCCAUUCUCCCGCUUUCCACACCCCGCCCCAUUCUCCCGCUUUCCAUCACCCCGCCCCAUUCUCCCGCUUUCCAUCACCCGCCCUAUUCUCCCGCUUUCCAUCACCCCGCCCCAUUCUUCCUCCUUCCAUCAUCCCGCCCCAUUCUCCCUCCUUCCAUCACCCCGCCCCAUUCUUCUGCUUUCCAUCACCCCGCCCCAUUCUCCCGCUUUCCAUCCCCCCGCCCCAUUCUCCCGCUUUCCAUCACCCCGCCCCAUUCUCCCGCUUUCCAUCACCCCGCCCCAUUCUCCCUCCUUCCAUCACCCUGCCCCAUUCUCCCUCCUUCCAUCACCCCGUCCCAUUCUCCCGCUUUCCAUCACCCCGCCCCAUUCUCCCGCUUUCCAUCACCCCGCCCCAUUCUCCCGCUUUCCAUCACCCCGCCCCAUUCUCCUUCUUUCCAUCACCCUGCCCCAUUCUCCCGCUUUCCAUCACCCCGCCCCAUUCUCCCGCAUUCCAUCACCCCGCCCCAUUCUCCCUCCUUCCAUCACCCCGCCCCAUUCUCCCUCCUUCCAUGACGCCGCCCCAUUCUCCCGUAUUCCAUCACCCCGCCCCAUUCUCCCGCUUUUCAUCUCCCCGCCCCAUUCUCCCGCUUUCCAUCACCCCGCCCCAUUCUCCCUCCUUCCAUCACCCCGCCCCAUUCUUCCUCCUUCCAUCACCCCGUCCCAUUCUCCCGCUUUCCAUCACCCCGCCCCAUUCUCCCUCCUUCCAUCACCCUGCCCCAUUCUCCCGCUUUCCAUCACCUCGCCCCAUUCUCCCGCUUUCCAUCACCCCGCCCCAUUCUCCCGCUUUCCAUCACCCGCCCCAUUCUCCCGCUUUCCAUCACCCCGCCCCAUUGUCCCUCUUUCCAUCACCCCGCCCCAUUCUCCCUCUUUCCAUCACCCCGCCCCAUUCUCCCGCUUUCCAUCACCCCGCCUCAUUCUCCCGCUUUCCAUCACCCCGCCCCAUUCUCCCUCCUUCCAUCACCCCGCCCCAUUCUCCCGCUUUCCAUCACCCCGUCCCAUUCUCCCGCUUUCCAUCACCCCGCCCCAUUCUCCCGCUUUCCAUCACCCCUCCCUAUUCUCCCGCUUUCCAUCACCCCGCCCCAUUCUUCUGCUUUCCAUCACCCCGCCCCAUUCUCCCUCCUUCCAUCACCCCGCCCCAUUCUCCCUCCUUCCAUCACCUCGCCCCAUUCUCCCGCUUUCCAUCACCCGCCCCAUUCUCCCGCUUUCCAUCACCCCGCCCCAUUCUCCCGCUUUCCAUCACCCGCCCCAUUCUCCCGCUUUCCAUCACCCUGCCCCAUUCUCCCGCUUUCCAUCACCCCGCCCCAUUCUCCCUCCUUCCAUCAUCCCGCCCCAUUCUCCCGCCUUCCAUCACUCCGCCCCAUUCUCCCGCCUUCCAUCACCCCGCCCCAUUCUCCCGCUUUCCAUCACCCGCCCCAUUCUCCCGCUUUCCAUCACCCCGACCCAUUCUCCCGCUUUCCAUCACCCCGCCCCAUUCUCCCGCUUUCCAUCACCCCUCCCUAUUCUCCCGCUUUCCAUCACCCCGCCCCAUUCUCCCUCCUUCCAUCACCCCGCCCCAUUCUCCCUCCUUCCAUCACCCCGCCCCAUUCUCCCGCUUUCCAUCACCCCGCCCCAUUCUCCCGCUUUCCAUCACCCCGCCCCAUUCUCCCGCUUUCCAUCACCCCGCCCCAUUCUCCCGCUUUCCAUCACCCCGCCCCCAUUCUCCCGCUUCCCAUCACCCCGCCCCAUUCUCCCGCUUUCCAUCACCCCGCCCCAUUCUCCCUCCUUCCAUCACCCUGCCCCAUUCUCCCGCUUUCCAUCACCUCGCCCGAUUCUCCCGCUUUCCAUCACCCCGCCCCAUUCUCCCGCUUUCCAUCACCCCGCCCCAUUCUCCCGCUUCCCAUCACCCCGCCCCAUUCUCCCGAUUUCCAUCACCCCGCCCCAUUCUCCCUCCUUCCAUCACCCCCGCCCCAUUCUCCCGCUUUCCAUCACCCCGCCCCAUUCUCCCGCUUCCCAUCACCCCGCCCCAUUCUCCCGCUUUCCAUCACCCCGCCCCAUUCUCCCUCCUUCCAUCACCCCGCCCCAUUCUCCCGCUUUCCAUCACCCCGUCCCAUUCUCCCUCUUUCCAUCACCCCGCCCCAUUCUCCCGCUUUCCAUCACCCCACCCCAUUCUCCCGCUUUCCAUCACCCCGCCCCAUUCUCCCGCUUUCCAUCACCCCGCCCCAUUCUCCCGCUUUCCAUCACCCCGCCCCAUUCUCCCGCUUUCCAUCACCCCGCCCCAUCUCCCGCUUUCCAUCACCCCGCCCCAUUCUCCCGCUUUCCAUCACCCCGCCCCAUUCUCCCGCUUUCCAUCACCCCGCCCCAUUCUCUCUCCUUCCAUCACCACGCCCCAUUCUCCCGCUUUCCAUCCCCCCGCCCCAUUCUCCCGCAUUCCAUCACCCCGCCCCAAUCUCCCGCUUUCCAUCACCCCGCCCCCAUUCUCCCGCUUUCCAUCACCUCGCCCCAUUCUCCCGCUUUCUAUCACCCCGCCCCAUUCUCGCGCUUUCCAUCACCCCGCCCCAUUCUUCUGCUUUCCAUCACCCCGCCCCAUUCUCCCUCCUUCCAUCACCCCGCCCCAUUCUCCCUCCUUCCAUCACCUCGCCCCAUUCUCCCGCUUUCCAUCACCCCGCCCCAUUCUCCCGCUUUCCAUCACCCCCGCCCCAUUCUCCCGCUUUCCAUCACCCGCCCCAUUCUCCCGCUUUCCAUCACCCUGCCCCAUUCUCCCGCUUUCCAUCACCCCGCCCCAUUCUCCCUCCUUCCAUCAUCCCGCCCCAUUCUCCCGCCUUCCAUCACUCCGCCCCCAUUCUCCCGCCUUCCAUCACCCCGCCCCAUUCUCCCGCUUUCCAUCACCCGCCCCAUUCUCCCGCUUUCCAUCACCCUGCCCCAUUCUCCCGCUUUCCAUCACCCCGCCCCAUUCUCCCACCUUCCAUCAUCCCGCCCCAUUCUCCCGCCUUCCAUCACUCCGCCCCAUUCUCCCGCCUUCCAUCACCCCGCCCCAUUCUCCCGCUUUCCAUCACCCUGCCCCAUUCUCCCUCCUUCCAUCAUCCCGCCCCAUUCUCCCGCCUUCCAUCACUCCGCCCCAUUCUCCCGCCUCCCAUCACCCCGCCCCAUUCUCCCGCUUUCCAUCACCCCGCCCCAUUCUUCUGCUUUCCAUCACCCCGCCCCAUUCUCCCUCCUUCCAUCACCCCGCCCCAUUCUCCCUCCUUCCAUCACCUCGCCCCAUUCUCCCGCUUUCCAUCACCCCGCCCCAUUCUCCCGCUUUCCACACCCCGCCCCAUUCUCCCGCUUUCCAUCACCCCACCCCAUUCUCCCGCUUUCCAUCACCCCGCCCUGUUCUCCCGCUUUCCAUCACCCCGCCCCAUUCUUCCUCCUUCCAUCAUCCCGCCCCAUUCUCCCUCCUUCCAUCACCCCGCCCCAUUCUCCCUCCUUCCAUGACGCCGCCCCAUUCUCCCGUAUUCCAUCACCCCGCCCCAUUCUCCCGCUUUCCAUCUCCUCGCCCCAUUCUCCCGCUUUCCAUCACCCCGCCCCAUUCUCCCUCCUUCCAUCACCCCGCCCCAUUCUUCCUCCUUCCAUCACCCCGUCCCAUUCUCCCGCUUUCCAUCACCCUGCCCCAUUCUCCCUCCUUCCAUCACCCUGCCCCAUUCUCCCGCUUUCCAUCACCUCGCCCCAUUCUCCCGCUUUCCAUCACCCCGCCCCAUUCUCCCGCUUUCCAUCACCCCGCCCCAUUCUCCCGCUUUCCAUCACCCCGCCCCAUUCUCCCGCUUUCCAUCACCCCGCCCCAUUCUCCCUCCUUCCAUCACCCCGCCCCAUUCUCCCGCUUUCCAUCACCCCGUCCCAUUCUCCCUCUUUCCAUCACCCCGCCCCAUUCUCCCGCUUUCCAUCACCCCACCCCAUUCUCCCGCUUUCCAUCACCCCGACCCAUUCUCCCGCUUUCCAUCACCCCGCCCCAUUCUCCCGCUUUCCAUCACCCCUCCCCAUUCUCCCGCUUUCCAUCACCCCGCCCCAUUCUCCCUCCUUCCAUCACCCCGCCCCAUUCUCCCGCUUUCCAUCACCCCGCCCCAUUCUCCCGCUUUCCAUCACCCCGCCCCAUUCUCCCUCCUUCCAUCACCCCGCCCCAUUCUCCCUCCUUCCAUGACGCCGCCCCAUUCUCCCGUAUUCCAUCACCCCGCCCCAUUCUCCCGCUUUCCAUCUCCUCGCCCCAUUCUCCCGCUUUCCAUCACCCCGCCCCAUUCUCCCUCCUUCCAUCAACCCGCCCCAUUCUUCCUCCUUCCAUCACCCCGUCCCAUUCUCCCGCUUUCCAUCACCCUGCCCCAUUCUCCCUCCUUCCAUCACCCUGCCCCAUUCUCCCGCUUUCCAUCACCUCGCCCCAUUCUCCCGCUUUCCAUCACCCCGCCCCAUUCUCCCGCUUUCCAUCACCCCGCCCCAUUCGCCCGCUUUCCAUCACCCCGCCCCAUUCUCCCGCUUUCCAUCACCCCGCCCCAUUCUCCCUCCUUCCAUCACCCCGCCCCAUUCUCCCGCUUUCCAUCACCCCGUCCCAUUCUCCCUCUUUCCAUCACCCCGCCCCAUUCUCCCGCUUUCCAUCACCCCCACCCCAUUCUCCCGCUUUCCAUCACCCCGCCCCAUGCUCCCGCUUUCCAUCAACCCGCCUUAUUCUCCCUCCUUCCAUCACCCCGCCCCAUUCUCCCGCUUUCCAUCACCCCGCCCCAUUCUCCCGCUUUCCAUCACCUCUGCGGAGAUAA